GUGUGAUUAGACUGCUCGAUUCUAUUCUGUGACUGUGUUCUCUGUCGUAUGCGGACUUGAGCGAAAAGCAGUCGGAAUCGGUAGAAUUUUAAUACUCUUUUGUGUAAACUACCGUCAAUUUCUUCAAUUUGUCGUGAACUAAGAUGGGUGAUGGAAAAAGUGAGGAUCUAGCAACUGCGAUUUUACGUAAGAAGGACAGGCCAAACAGACUUUUGGUCGAAGAGGCAAUCAAUGAUGACAACUCCGUCGUUGCCCUAUCUCAAGCAAAAAUGGAUGAAUUGCAGCUAUUUCGAGGCGACACAGUGUUGCUCAAAGGCAAGAGGCGCAAAGAAACUGUAUGCAUUGUACUGUCCGACGAAACUUGCCCCAAUGAGAAAAUACGUAUGAACAGAGUUGUCAGAAACAAUCUACGUGUUCGUCUCAGUGACGUUGUGUCCGUCCAGGCUUGCCCAGAUGUGAAAUACGGAAAACGUAUUCAUGUACUACCUAUGGACGAUACAGUGGAAGGACUUACAGGAAACAUCUUCGAGGUAUAUCUUAAGCCGUACUUCCUUGAAGCCUACCGUCCGAUACACAAAGACGACAACUUCAUUGUUCGUGGAGGUAUGCGAGCUGUUGAAUUCAAAGUUGUAGAGACUGAUCCUGGUCCUUUCUGCAUCGUUGCUCCUGAUACUGUGAUUCACUGUGAAGGUGAUCCCAUCAAGCGAGAGGAAGAGGAGGAAGCUCUGAACGCGGUUGGUUACGACGAUAUCGGUGGCGUGCGCAAGCAGCUCGCACAAAUCAAGGAAAUGGUUGAAUUGCCCUUGCGGCAUCCAUCUUUAUUCAAAGCUAUCGGAGUUAAACCACCUCGUGGUAUUCUUCUGUACGGUCCUCCAGGAACUGGAAAGACUCUUAUUGCACGUGCAGUCGCCAACGAAACUGGAGCUUUCUUCUUUCUUAUCAAUGGUCCUGAAAUCAUGAGUAAACUUGCCGGUGAAUCUGAAAGUAAUUUGCGUAAAGCUUUCGAAGAGGCUGAGAAAAAUUCACCGGCCAUUAUUUUCAUCGACGAGCUCGACGCCAUUGCACCGAAGAGGGAAAAGACUCACGGUGAAGUCGAGAGGCGUAUAGUGUCGCAGUUGUUGACCCUUAUGGACGGCAUGAAGCAAAGUUCCCACGUGAUUGUAAUGGCGGCGACGAAUCGGCCGAACAGCAUUGAUGGUGCUCUCCGUCGUUUUGGGCGAUUCGAUCGAGAGAUCGACAUUGGAAUUCCCGAUGCGACUGGACGUUUAGAAAUUUUGCGUAUUCACACGAAGAACAUGAAACUUGCCGAUGACGUCGAGCUCGAGGCGAUCGCUGGGGAGAGUCACGGUCACGUUGGUGCUGAUUUAGCUUCCCUCUGUUCCGAGGCUGCCCUUCAACAAAUUCGUGAAAAAAUGGAUCUUAUUGAUUUGGAGGACGAUCAAAUCGACGCCGAAGUCUUAGCCUCACUGGCCGUUACGAUGGAAAAUUUCAAGUACGCAAUGGGCAAGAGCAGUCCCAGCGCGCUUCGUGAAACGAUCGUCGAAGUUCCCACGGUUACUUGGGAGGAUGUUGGAGGUCUUCAAAACGUCAAGAAAGAACUUCAGGAAUUGGUUCAGUAUCCGGUCGAGCAUCCGGACAAAUUUUUGAAAUUUGGUAUGCAACCAUCGAGAGGCGUUCUGUUUUACGGUCCUCCUGGUUGCGGUAAGACGCUUUUAGCCAAAGCAAUUGCGAAUGAGUGCCAGGCGAAUUUCAUCUCUGUCAAGGGUCCGGAACUUUUGACAAUGUGGUUCGGUGAAUCCGAAGCCAACGUCCGCGACGUUUUCGACAAGGCAAGAUCAGCGGCUCCUUGUGUACUAUUUUUCGACGAAUUAGAUUCGAUUGCAAAAUCACGCGGUGGUUCCGUAGGCGAUGGCGGUGGAUCCGCUGAUCGUGUCAUCAACCAAAUUCUCACGGAGAUGGACGGUAUGGGAGCGAAAAAGAACGUAUUCAUAAUUGGAGCGACCAAUCGUCCAGACAUCAUCGAUCCCGCUAUCCUACGACCCGGUCGUCUUGAUCAGCUAAUUUACAUCCCGUUGCCAGAUGAAAAAUCUCGCGAGGCUAUUUUCAAGGCAAAUUUGCGGAAAUCCCCCGUAGCAAAGGAAGUCGAUUUAACUUACAUCGCUAAAGUGACUCACGGUUUUUCGGGUGCCGAUUUGACAGAGAUCUGUCAGCGUGCGUGUAAGCUCGCUAUUAGGCAGUGUAUCGAGAGCGAAAUUCGCAGAGAAAAGGAGCGUAUGGCAAAUCCUUCAGUAUCGAUGGAUAUGGAUGAGGAUGACCCCGUCCCAGAAAUAACGCGUGCUCAUUUCGAGGAGGCAAUGAGGUUCGCACGUCGUUCAGUGUCCGACAACGAUAUAAGAAAGUACGAAAUGUUUGCCCAGACUCUCCAACAGUCACGAGGAUUCGGAACGAACUUUAGAUUUCCUCAAAAUGCGGCCGGAGGGCCACAGGACACGACGCAGGGCGAUCAGCCGUUCCAAGACGACGGUGACGACGAUCUCUAUAGUUAAGCCUUUUUCGUUUUCCCUCUUGUGAGAGCCCAAUCAGCAGUGAGCAUAAGACAAAGGGCCUUCAAUACAUUUAUUUCGUUCAUCUAUACGAUUUUUCACAAAACCAUGAGUUUUUCUUUCGAUAUUUCGAUUGAAUGGUGGAGCGCGAUAAUGAAGCAAACAAGUUAAAGAAAUGAACGAAUUUUCACACGGACCCAGAGUCGACUAAAGAAAUGAAAUAAAUCAAAUUGAAUGAAAACAUUUUUUUACAUCGAGUUGGUGAGAUUUGCACAAACUCUUUCAACAAUUUACCGUCGCUCGUUUACAAUUGAAACCGAGCUGAACGUCGUGAAUGAAUAUCGACAAUAUAACACAUGAAACCACUCGCUCUCAUUUUAAGCCGUAUGAAAAAAAAAAGAGGGAAAACACCAAUAAUGAGAUCUUAUUGUUACGAAUCCUUCGUAACCAACGCGAUAUUCUCCAUUUUUCAUUCUCGCAUAUUAUAAAAACCGUAGGAAGAAUUUGAAUACAUUGAAGAAUUGUGAAUUUUUUUGUGCAACAUUGAUAUCGUUCGUGGGAUAAAGAAACGAAAAUGUAUCGAGUCGCAAUCGUUUUGUACCGUCGCGAGAAUCGUCACAUCGAUUCUUGCGAAUUUUCCUUCGUCCACGAGUACCACCAAUUUCCCAUCGCCAAAGUCCCACAUUCGUUUCAUAACGACACGAAUAUUUCCUCGUGUCAUUAAUUAUAAAUCGAGUCCCAUAAAUGGAGCGAAACUCGUCAUUUGCAUACCGUGGUCGCUGAGUAAGCAACGCCGAAAAGUCGUAUCGCUCGUAUUUCAACGAGAGAAUUUGUGCGACUAUAAAAGCAUACGCGAAGCCGAGCAACGAGCAACCCUAUUGUAUUAAUAUUUUUUUUGACCGCUCUCAAAAUUACAUCGAAAAUGGUAUUUGGAUCGUACGGAGAGACUUUGAUUACUCAUAAUAAUAGGUAGAAAAAAAAUGACGAAACUAUCGUUUUUCGCAAUUAUCUGUGUAUUUCCUGCUGAAAAAAUUAUCCACUUUUUCGCUCGUACGAUCGAUGCAGGCGGAUUUGUGAACUGUAAUCGAAGCAACAAUUAGUCACAUCGAGAUUCUGUGUUCGCUCGCUCAGACUUUCCACUCGGGCGCACAUUACUCAUUACUUUUUCAUCAUAUUUUUUCGUUGGAAUAUUAUAUCGACGCAGAUAUUACGACGAUCGUGAAUCGCUUUUCGCCUCCGAUAAAUCGCUCAUUAUAUAGCGACGAUUCCAUUGUGACUUGCGUAUCGAAAACGAUAAGGAGAGUUAAUUUGAAGAAGACAAAAGAGUUGUAAAACUUGAAUAAAACGGAAUUUACGGAAGAAAUUAA